AUGGAAGACCCCGUGGCGGCCCCCUCCUCGUCCUCCACCGCCCCUGCCGCUGCCGCAGCGGCUAGGGUUCCGGCGGCGGUGGCGGCGGCAGCCCCUGCCGUUACCUCUGCGCCGCCCGCUCUCGCUCCGCCGCAGCCACCUGCCACCGCCGCGGCCGCGGUCCCUGAAGCCGCGGCGGCGUGCCGGAGGCAGCUGUUCACGGUGGAGCUGCAGCCAGGGGAGACCACCAUCGUGUCGUGGAAGAAGCUUCUCAAGGAGGCCGGGCACACCGCCGUGGCACCGCCAGUGAAGGCGGAGCCAGCGUUCGCUGCACAUGCGGGCCCAUCUGGUGCGGCACAUCCUGCAGAAAAUGACCCAAAGGAUCCAACGCAGCCAAAUCGGUUCAACGCAGUCAUUGAAAAAAUUGAGCGUCUUUACAUGGGAAAACAUAGCAGCGAUGAAGAGGAUCUUAAUGAUGUGCCAGAUGAUGAUCAGUAUGACACUGAGGAUUCUUUCAUUGAUGACGCCGAAUUGGAUGAAUAUUUUGAAGUCGAUAAUUUGAAAACUAAGCACGAUGGGUAUUUUGUGAACAAGGGAAAGUUGGAACAGAUUGAACCUGGCACAUCAGCAAAUGUCGCUCCAAAGAAAAGGAGAAGAAAGGAUGCAUCAAGUACUUAUCUGGAGACUAAUCACCUUGCUCCAGUUGAUUAUUUCGAUAUUGGUGAUGUACCUGGAAAAUCCUCUGCAAGAGGUACUGUGCAGGCGGGAAAACAAUUAGCUAGUAGCAACAUAGGUUCUUAUGGUCAAUACUACGAGGACAAUAGAGUGGUGAAGAACAAAACCAGUGGUCCUGGAGGAGCCCCUAAAAGAAAAUCUUCUGAAUUCUCGGGUGGUGAUGCUGCAGCACGCGCUAAGAUUAUUAAGGAUGUCUCACAUGCUCCUUUGGAGCUAAGAGACUUGGAAAAGCAUAAAGCUGCAGCACUACCUGUUGACUAUGCUCAUAAGUCAAAAACCAGUGAGACAUUUGAUUAUGCUUAUCCAGCUUACAGGGAUAAAGGCACUUCAGCGCAACUUGAUUUCCAACAAAGAAAGGUAAGCGGAGAAAAUCAAGAUCCAUCAAAUAGAAUCUAUCGCAAAGAGAAACAUGGAGCAAGCGAAUAUCCUGGCAUGGCUAUGGCUAGUGCUGUCUAUUCUACACAAACAAUGCACCCAGUUGUUGGUAGGGAGGGUUCAGGUACUAAACCCAAAGGCACCAGGCUUGAGCGAGCUAUUCGCGAUCUCCAGAAGAUUGUUGCAGAAUACAGACCACCUACAAUUGAUAUUAAUGAGGUAGAUCCAAAUGGCCAGGCAGCAGUUAAAAGACGGUUGCCUCCUGAAGUAAAGCAAAAGCUUGCCAAGGUUGCAAGGUUAUCGGCAAAUCAGGGAAAGAUCCAAGAACAUGAGCUAAUGAAUCGCCUAAUGGGCAUAGUUGGACACCUUGUUCAGCGCAGGACACUGAAGAGAAACAUGAAAGAAAUGGUAGAAUCAGGUAUAUCUGCUAAACUGGAGAAGGCUGACAGGUUUCAGCGUGUAAAAUUGGAGAUCAAUGAAAUGAUCAAAGCACGUAUGGCUGCAAAGUCCAAGGUCAAUGAACAACAGGAUGGUUCAGCUGAUGAUUUUCAGGUUGCUAAUGAUGACAGAAGAGCUUUAAAAACAAAGUAUGCAAUGGAUACUGCAUUGGAGGACAUUUUGUGUGAUCUGUAUGAUAUGUAUGUUGAGGGUAUGGAUGAAGACAAGGGCCCUCAAAGCAGGAAGUUAUACGUAGAGCUUGCAGAGUUAUGGCCUCAAGGUUACAUGGAUAAUGUUGGAAUCAAAGAUGCCAUUUAUAGAUCAAAGGAGCGAAAAAGAUUAUUGUACAGCCAGCAAAAGGUUCGCAGUGAAGAGAGAAUGAAGAGGAAGAGGAUGGCGGCGGCAGCAAAGCUGCAAGAUGGCUUCCCCGUUGUAAUGCAAAGUGGAGUUGUCCCACAAGUUGCACAACCACCCAUUACAAAUUCCAUCACAUACCAUGCGGCUGAUUAUGGACAGAACCAGGGGUCGAAAUGUUUUGAAAGGGCUCGUGAAACGAGCUCCAGUGCAAAUCCUGAUGAUGGCAACAGAAAUGCUGGCGAGAUGAAGAAGAAGAAAAGAAAACAUGAAUAUGAUCUUGUAGAUACAGAAGCUAACCUACCAAAGGCUCCCUUGCAGCAUGGGAGCGAGAAGCAAAAGCCUUCCAAGCCUGCUGACGAGGCCAGUGCUGGUAGCCUGCCCUCCACGGCGACAACUCAAACUGUGCUUGGUCUACCAACAGUGCUUGGUCAUAACCAACAACCUAGCUGA